ACUCCUUUUCUUAGCUGCCACUUCAUUUUCCUGUAAUCAAUUCACAUAAUCUCUCUCGCUCUCAUAUUCUCCCUAUCAGUGCCCCUCCGGCUGACAUUUCACCUACAAGUUCUAUUCAAUAAGCCAUCAGUUAAUUGGAGAGGUAGUUCACCCCCUUAUUUUUGGUGGGGAAAAAAACCACAAUACAAGAUGGGAAGGCACUCUUGCUGUUACAAACAGAAACUUAGGAAGGGUCUUUGGUCACCAGAAGAAGAUGAAAAACUUUUGAGGCAUAUCACUAAGUACGGUCAUGGAUGUUGGAGCUCAGUUCCUAAGCAAGCAGGUUUGCAGAGGUGCGGCAAAAGCUGCAGGCUUAGGUGGAUCAAUUAUUUAAGGCCUGAUUUGAAGAGAGGUACAUUUUCACAAGAGGAGGAAAAUCUCAUCAUUGAACUUCAUGCAGUGCUAGGGAACAGAUGGUCUCAAAUUGCAGCACAAUUGCCAGGGAGGACUGACAAUGAAAUAAAGAAUCUGUGGAAUUCUUGCUUAAAGAAGAAACUCAGGCAAAGAGGAAUAGACCCUGUGACACAUAAGCCACUGUCAGAGGUUGAGAAUGGAGAGGAGGGCAAAACGAGGAGCCAAGAAUUAUCCAAUGAACUGAACCUCCUGAAUUCAGAGAGCUUCAAGUCAGAUGAAGGGUCCUAUGAGCAGAGAGCAUCAUCAAUUGCCCCCAAAGCCUAUGAGAUGGAAGGCUCUUGCAGCUCCAAGAUUAACAACACCAAAAACGACACCAACUUGAUGUCCAAUUGUUCCAACAAAGACAUGUUCCUAGACAGCUACACCACUAGUUGCCAACCCUCAGAUUUGAUGGGAAAUUACCCUCUUCAUAUCACUGACACUCUCCCAACCAAUUCAAACUCUUGCCAUUGGUUCAGCCAAACUGCAAGACCCUUUGAUAUAAACUCAAACUCUGAGUUUACAAUUACUUCCAAUGUUAUGUCCAUUCUUCCACCUACAACAACCUCAUUCCUCCCAAGUACUUCUUUUUGCUACAAGUCAUCACUUGGUGUCCCUUCAGAAGAUAUUUCAGCACCCUCUUUUGGAUUGAAUGGUCCCAGUUACUGGGAAGCAAGUGCCUCCAACAACAGCAAUGGAAGCAACAACACGAGUGAUGGCAGCAGAGAGUUGACAACUACAAGUAGCAAGAACAGUGUGCUCUCUUCUUGGGAAUUGACAGAAGAAGCAAAGUGGUCUGAGUACCUCCACAACCCAAUGUUAAUGCUGGCAGCUCCUGAAUCAUUGUGCAACCAAAUUAGGCCAGCCACACAUUUGAUACCUGAUAACACUUUAGGGGCAAUAAUAUUGCCUGAUUCCAAGAAUCAACAACAACAACAACAACAACAACAGUCUCAAAAUUCUUGCAUCUUCUCCAAGGACGUGCAGAAGCUAACAGCAGCAUUUGGACAUAUAUAGCACCAGGCUUUGACACAAUGAAAUACUAUUUUAGAAGGGCUUUUCAAGGGAUUUAUUUGUGUUCUUGGUACAGGUGUGUGAAACCACAGAUUAAUUUUGCUCUUGUAUAUAGAUAAGGUCAGUCACAAAAAAAAACAUUUUUCGUUUUGGUAAUAUACUUGUGAGCCAAAUCAUUUGUCUUUUUUUACCUUCUCGGGUGUGGGUGGAAAAUAGAAUUGCAGAAUAAGGAUUGCUCUGCUUUGGUCUUUCUACUCUUUCUUUUCUUUUCUUUGCGACACUGUUGACUGCAUUGCAAUGGUUCAUUCAUUAAUUUCCUAUACUUUUUACCA